AUGAAGAGAACUGCCGCCGGGAAACCGAAACAACAAACGACGAUUACGGAAAUGUUCAAUGGGAAGCAAAAGUCCGCCUCGGGGAAAUGGUCCGUCGAUGGAAGCGAUCUCAUGGUUUUUACGACGCAUGGUGUCGAAGCUCGACCGAAAAUAGCAUCUUUCGAUUUGGAUGGCACGAUUAUUACAACAAAAUCCGGAAAAGUUUUCCCGAAAGACGAGACCGAUUGGGUGAUUAUGGAUCCUAGAAUCACGGCGAAAUUGAAAGAACUGCAUACUGCUGGCGAACAUAAGCUUGUAUUUUUCAGCAAUCAGAAUGGCAUUGGCAAAGACCACAUUUCGCCAGAUGCUUUUAAGAGGAAAAUUGAGGCAAUCAUUGAAAAGCUGAAUGUACCGAUUCAGGUUUUCUUAGCACUGAGCAAAAAUCGAUACCGUAAGCCUUGUAUCGGGAUGUUUGACUACCUGCAAGAGAAUUGUAACGAUGAGCAGAAGAUUUCGAUCACGGAUUCGUUUUACGUUGGAGAUGCUGCCGGAAGACACAAAACUAAGAUUCGGGCAAAGAAAGAUCACUCUGCCGCCGAUCGUCUCUUUGCCAGCAAUGUUGGGCUGAAGUUUUAUACGCCGGAGCAGUUUUUCUUCAAUCAAAAGGAAGAAGAGCCCUGGGGACCGAUCUCUUUCGAUCCAAAAGAAUAUAUCAGCAGACACUUGAGUCUCUUGGAGCCAAAAGAUGCACCUUUAGCAUCCGAAGAGAAGGAAGUGAUUGUUCUUGUUGGAUUUCCAGGCUCUGGAAAAAGCACCCUUGCCAAGAUGCUUGCUGAAAAACAUGGUUACGUGAUCGUGAAUCGGGAUACACUUGGUUCUUGGCAAAAAUGUGUUCAAGAAGGGAGAAGGGCUUUAGAGAAAGGAAAUUCCGUUGUGGUGGACAAUACAAAUCCAGACGUUGAGUCCAGAGAGCGUUACAUUGCCAUGGCUCAAGGUGCAAAAGUUCCUUGUCGAUGCUUUGUCAUGAACACCGAUUACAAUAUGGCGGCUCAUAACAUUCGCUAUCGUCUUUUGAAGAAAGCUGGCUCCGAGAUUUCCACGAUGGUUUUGCGAAUGCACUCCAGUAAAUUCAAUGAACCAUCACUCGAUGAAGGCUUCUUGUCAGUGUCUCGAGCAAAUUUGAUACCGACUUUUGCCAACGAGGAGGAUAAAAAAUUGUGGACGAUGUAUCUUACGGAAAGU